GAACUGUAAGAUUGUCGAGUCCGGAGGUUGUUUGUUUUGGUUUUUCAUAUUUGAGACACUUGUGCCUUUCGGACUAUGCGAACGACGUGAACCGUGAUUUUUCUGGUGAACAAUUUUUUUAUAAAAAAAAAAUUAAAAUAAAACAAAAACAUUGAAAGUAUGGCACUUGAAUUGAGCUGUCACGCGGCGAUGCCUUUGGACUUUAGUAGUCAGAGGGAAACCAGCAGAAGUCCGGAACUGAAUGUGUCGGACUCGGCUCCGGUGAGUCCGUUGGCAUCUGAGAGUGCGGGAAGUAGCGCUUUUACGGUUGUUACCCCAAAGGGGAGAGAUAAAAAUCCCGAGCGAGGAUCACCGUCGCCCCUUCAGUUCCACUCGACCUCUGGCUUCCAGAGUUACUGUCGGUCCCUUUGGGGCGCAGCGCUACCUGGGGACCCACGAUAUCUGUCGUCACUGGCACAAGUGGCCACCGAUGCCUCCAAGGGAAAAUCGACGGAACCUAUCUCCUUUGGAAUAAGCCGCUUUGUGUCAAAAUCCGACGACGAAGAAGAACCAGUAAACAACAACAAUAACCAGUACUGUCAAAGUCAAAAAGAAGACAGUAGCACCUACUUUAGCGGAGACGAAAGAACUUCUCCUUCAAGAAAUGACGCCAUGUGGGACCAUUCUCCUAACAGACCGAGUCCGAGUACCAGUCCCGAAUUAGAAGUAGAUUCGCCACCCAUAUCGCGCACGAACUCCCCUUCAUUACGUGACUCGCCCUGCCCAUCUUCCGUCACCGAUUUGCCAAAGGAUGCGUCUCCCAGUAGUAAGAAAAGCGAGUCGUUUUCAGUAAGUGCCCUUUUACGGCCCGAUAAUCCUAAGAAACUAAACAAAUCGACCCCUUGCUAUCAAGAAACUAUAUCUGUAACCCGCUCGUACCUUUAUCCCCCGUUCGUGGAUCUCAUGAAAGAUGCCCAAGCUUUACAGAAGCAUUCUUCGCCCUCUUCGCCUGAGUACAAUCCUUCUUUUCUUCCAAGAGGGUUUGUUCAUCCCUCCUUUUUUCCUCCAAACUUAUAUCAACAAAAAGAGGGAGAGGAGAGGAGUUUUCUUCCAACUCCGACCUCGUUAUACUUCAGUGCAGUAGCUGCGGCUAUGGCCAGUAGUAAUCAGGCUGGAGGACAGUAUGGAGCUACUCCGAGUGCCGAAGACAUGUAUCGUUUGAGACAUCAUUUCUUGGGAAAUCCUUCUGGGAUGCAUCCGCAUCAUCAUCAUUUGCUUAUGAGGCCUGGAAUGAUGCCUAUUGGAGAUGUCUACUCGUGCAUUAAAUGCGAAAAAAUGUUCUCAACUCCUCACGGAUUAGAAGUGCAUGCCCGACGGUCUCAUAACGGCAAGAGGCCCUUUGCUUGUGAGCUUUGCAAUAAGACUUUUGGACAUGAGAUCAGCUUAAGUCAGCAUAGAGCUGUUCAUAAUGUGGAGAAAGUUUUUGAAUGCAAGCAAUGUGGAAAAACCUUUAAGAGGUCCUCUACGUUAUCGACGCAUCUUCUUAUUCAUUCUGAUACUAGACCGUAUCCUUGCCAGUAUUGUGGAAAGCGGUUCCAUCAGAAGAGCGAUAUGAAGAAGCAUACUUACAUUCAUACUGGUGAGAAACCUCACAAAUGCACCGUAUGCGGAAAAGCCUUCAGCCAAUCCAGCAACCUAAUAACACAUUCCAGGAAACACACAGGAUUCAAACCGUUCGCCUGCGAUCUUUGCGGCCGAGCCUUCCAACGUAAAGUAGACCUCAGACGUCACAAGGAAACUCAGCAUACCGAACUAAGACCGAUAGUCACAUAAUGCCAAACUGCCGGAAGUGCCACGCCCGUGGUGACGCAGGCGCGCCUUCCGGUAGCUACUGACAGGCCUUCUGUCGGCGAAGGCGUUAAGGGACUAUUUGGACAACCGUUUGUAGGACAAAGGGAGAAUAUGAGAUUCCCUGGGAUGUGCUGGACAAAUUAAAGCGUUUUAAACUAUGGAAGUAGCUAAUUUUAAUCAACAUUAAACGUUGUAUCUGUGAUUUUAGAUGCCAUAUUUAAGUAUGGUUUUUUUAGACCUCUUGUAUAUACUGUGAAUAUUUACCAAAAAAUAUGACUAGAUAAAACCAAAGAUUUAGUCUUGCUGUUGUAGUUAACUGUGUCAUUUGCCAAAGCACUCUCUUUAUGUAAUUUUAUUUUGUAAAAAACAACUCUUCUCUCUAUUGUAAUAUAAUGUAGCAUAAAAUAACAUAGAUAGCACAAAUAUAAUUUUAAAUACAAUCUGUGCAAUUAUCGAUAUGUGCAAUAUAUAUAACGAUUUUUCUCUGUACCGUGAAGUAAAAAAAAACAUAUCACAGAACUUCAUUUCUAAAAUGUAAAAUAGUAUUUUUCAAAAUAUGUUCUGCAAAUACUUGGCUCUUAAUUAAUUAUUAUAAUAUUUCUUGCAAAUAUACAUUGUAUUAGUAAAUUAUAA